GUGUGGACCUCCGGCUACCGGCGGUGAUUUGUAGCGCUCUGCGUGCCGACCGCAGCUGUCGCCGGCAGCGUUAGACCUGUGGUGAGAGAUUUAUUGGAACAAAAGCCCACAACUGGAAGCAAACCACGACUGAAGAUGAGGGAACAGCAGCAAAUGAACCAGCCCGAGGACUGAGAGCAUCAACUGGAGAGAACCCUUCUGACUCAGGGUUUCCAUUGAUUCAGUCCGGAGCAAGUUCGCUGUGCAGACCAACCAUUCAUCUGGGCAGAAGAUGUUUUCAUGGCUUUAAAACUGUGGCACUUUAUAUUGACAGUAGAUCAAAGAAAAUCCCAGCUGUACAUCAACAAAGGGGGGAACCCAUUCACCUGCUGAGACAAUGGGAAUGGAUUCAGUCGGUCAUCUCAGCUGAAGGUGCAUCAGCAAGUUCACACUGGGACAAGGCCAUUCACCUUUUCUGUGUGUGAGAAGGGAUUCAGUCGGUCUUCCCACCUGUGGACACACCAGUCUGUUCACACUGAGCAGAGGCUGGUCAUCUGCUGAAUUUGUGGGGAGUGUUUCACUCGGUUAUCUGACCUAAUGGCUCACCAGCGAGUUCACACCGGGGAGCGGCCGUUCACCUGCUCAGACUGUGGGAAGGGAUUCACUAAAUCAUGUAAACUGAAGGUACAUCAGCGAGUUCACACUGGAGAGAGGCCGUUCACCUGCUCAGACUGUGGGAAGGGAUUUACUGUGUCAUCUCAGUUACUGAGACACCAGUCAGUUCACACUGGGGAGAGGCCAUUCACCUGCUCAGACUGCGGGAAGGGAUUCAUUCAGUCAUCUCAUCUGAAGGCACACCAGCGAGUUCACACCAGGGAGAGACCAUUCACCUGCUCAGUCUGUGGGAAGGGAUUCACUUGCUCAUUUAAUCUGAAGGUACAUCAGCGAGUUCACACUGGGGAUAGGCCGUUCACCUGCUCAGACUGUGGGAAGGGAUUCAAACUGUUCACUCACCUACUGACACAUCAGCGAGUUCACACUGGGGAGAGACCAUUCACCUGCUCAGACUGUGGGAAGGGAUUCAUUCAGUCAUCUCAACUGAAGGUACAUCAGAGAGUUCACACCAGGGAGAGACCAUUCACCUGCUCAGUCUGUGGGAAGGGAUUCACUUGCUCAUUUAAUCUGAAGGUACAUCAGCGAGUUCACACUGGGGAUAGGCCGUUCACCUGCUCAGACUGUGGGAAGGGAUUCAAACUGUUCGCUCACCUACUGACACAUCAGCGAGUUCACACUGGGGAGAGGCCGUUCACCUGCUCAGACUGUGGGAAGGGAUUCACUCAGUCAUAUCAACUGAGGGUACAUCAGCGAAUUCACACUGGGGUGAGGCCGUUCACCUGCUCAGUGUGUGGGAAGGGAUUCACAAAGUCAUCUGCUGUACUGAGACACCAGUCAGUUCACACUGGGGAGAGGCCAUUCAUCUGCUCAGUGUGUGGGAAGGGAUUCGUAGAUUCAUCUCAACUGAAGGUACAUCAGCGAGUUCACACCGGGGAGAGGCCAUUCACCUGCUCAGACUGUGGGAAGGGAUUCACUUGCUCAUCUCAUCUACUGAGACACCAGUCAGUUCACACCAGGGAGUGACCAUUCACUUGUUCAGUCUGUGGGAAGGGUUUCAAUUGGUCAUUUCACCUGCUGACACACAGGGAAAUGGCCGUUCACCUGCUCUGUCUGUGGGAAGGGAUUCAUUCAGUCAUCUCAACUGAAGGAACAUCAGCGAGUCCACACUGGGAAGGGGCCGAUCAGCUGCUCAGACUGUGGGAAGAAAUUCUCUCAGCCAAAUCAACCAAUUGUGCAUCACUGAGUUCACACUGGGGAGAGGCCGUUCACCUGCUGUGAACGUGGUGAAGUAUUUACGGUGGACAUGGACUGUGCCUUUAAAUGAGAGAGAAAAACUGUCUGCAGUACUGCUGCCUGCUUCUUGGUUGCCAUGGUGAGAGAGAGGCGGAGUUAUGUGAUGGACGGUUCGAUGUUCACAGUUGCUUCUUGGUUGCCAUGGUGAGAGAGAGGCGGAGUUAUGUGAUGGACAGUUCGAUGUUCACAGUUGCUUCUCGGUUCCCAUGGUGAGAGAGAGGCGGAGUUAUGUGAUGGACAGUUCGAUGUUCACAGUUGCUUCUUGGUUGCCAUGGUGAGAGAGAGGCGGAGUUAUGUGAUGGACAGUUCGAUGUUCACAGUUGCUUGGUUGCCAUGGUGAGAGAGAGGGGGAGUUAUGUGAUGGACAGUUCGAUGUUCACAGUUGCUUCGUAGCGUGUUUAUUUAAACAAGGUCAGAUGACACUCCCAGAGACACACAGUGGGACACCGGUUAAGGCGACCAGUCAGUGAAAGGAGGCCAGUAACAGAGGAGUCACUGGGUGGAACUUUCGAGUGCCCACAAGCGAGGGUUGAGGAUCGAUCAGGGGAAUUGAUCAGUGGCUGUCAUGGUGUGUGGAAGGGCUGACCCUGUGGAGGCUACCGGUGUGUCUACCCUUGCCUGGGUGGUAGUUUACCCUCGAAGAUGGUCCCCUUAGUGAUAACCUGCGUUUGGCUAACUCGAGAGUGGAUUCGGAGCCUGAGGAUGGAAGAUCAACGGGACCUGUUUACUCGUUCUUCUCCCAGUGUGGUUUUCACCUUGGAUUACAAAUACCUUCCUCACACACACCAAUUCCGUGGAUUGAACUGAACUUCCUUACAUCACUAUCGUGAGACUUUAACUCUUGCCACUCGAGCUUGAGUGUGUUUGGGAAUUAUAUUUACAUACAUAUAUAUGCAUAACACUACUAACUUUUGAUUUACCUGGAUUAAGUUACUAUAUUAACUAGAUACUAAUAUAUAGUGUUUUUUAAUAUCAAAA